CUCAUAGUAAACGAUUAUGGGAGAACAUAUACUAUAACGCCAUAUAGAUAUAUGUUUUGUUUUUUUUACUUUCACUUACGUAUAUAUGUAAUAUAUAGUAAGUGUAAGUAUUGCGAUCGAGAAAAGUUUUGAAUCUGAGUUUUCAACGGAUUUACAAGUUUUGAGGUACCCUGAGUCGAAAUGACUGAGUCCCGAAAAAUGGUCGGUGUGUUUGUAUGUUAGCAGUCUAGCUCAAAAACGAAAAGUCCUAUGAAACUGAUAUCAGAGAUUCACAUUUUAAGGAAUUAACGUCACACGAUAACAAUGAUGCAUGGAGAUAAAGAAUGGAAGCGUUAAUUCGACUGAAAGCUCCUCCUUGGAUGUCAAAUAGGGCAAUAAAACGGAUAUAUACGGGUUUAGAAUCAGUUAUAAACAAACUAGUAACUGGUUAUAAAUAUAAAGACAUUCGAAGAACGAAGCAGUCAACCAGAAUGUACCUGAUCGUGUUGAUGAUGAUGACGGUUCCACUGAACCAGCUGAUGGCUUCUCCAAGGGAUAAUCAAUUCAGAACUGCCAGUAAGCUAAGAACUGUGUGGGACAAUUUUCAACUGGCCCGCUGUACAACGACGACUUGUUGUCCGAUACAGUUUCAUUGCUGCAAUAUAUCUUGCUGCAAUUAUAAGAGGGAACAAGUUAUGAUGCAGAUGCGCUGUUAAAAACUAUAGGAUUUUUUAAAAUAUAUUUAUUUAUUAAUUUGUAUAUAUUUAUGUAAAUAAAACAUUUUUUAUUGAA